AAAAAAAAUAUAUAUCAGAAUGCACAUAUAUGCAAGAUAGCAGUCAGAUGCCAGGCUUCUGCAGACAGAGGUCAGUGAAAUUAGUAAGAGGAAUAGGGUCUGAUAGAGCUGGCACCCUGGGAGCACUGCAGAACACUGACCUCGCCUCUAAUCAGGGAGAGAAGCACAGCCUGGCAUUCAGCUCUGCCAGUCUGCUUGGCAGCACCCACAAGUCAAAGACUCAGACCUCUUGGCAACAUAUAGAAUAAUAGGAGUCAGAGCCAGGCUGCUUGAUACACAUAGCUUUCAGGUACAGCUGGCAGGGUCUACUUCACAGGAGAAAAGCUGCCCCCACCCCCAUUGGAUUCAAUAACAGAUUAUUUUUUUUUUUUUAAAAAUUGUGAAGUCCCUGUGAGUCAUUUAUGGAGUAUUGAUGGACUAGUUUUCUGCAGUGUCUAGAGAACACAAGCUGUUUUUUAACACAGCGUCAGACAACCUGAUUAUAUCACUUUCACAGAGCUUGCUUUGAGACCCAGACCAUGGAGAACAUCAAAGAAAGAUCAAAAAGCAGUUCUCAUCAGCCCUGUUCAAAUGUAGAGACCACCAGCAGAUCUUCAGCUCCAAGAGUCGGGUUCCAGGUGGAUCCCCUGCGGGAGGUGGUCUCGGAUCAAUCAGCCCUUUCAUUGGAGAGACUGCUGUGUCAGAAAUCCGAGGACCAAGAGUCCUAUCAGAAAGGGGAAGGACAAACAUCUUCUGAUAACAACGAGCUCCAGAAUGUCCUGGACUCCAUCCUGGGCUCUUCAACUCCAGGACACAUUGAAUCGUGGUCUGAUUUGAUUGGCCCAGAGAUAGCAUCUAUCUUAAACACCUCUCCCAAGGUUAGGACCCCCACUGGCCACCCACCUGACCACAAGGAGGUCAGCAUCUGGGCAGAGGUUACAUUGGCUGAAACAAAAGGAGCACAAGAGUCCAAGCUCAGCAAAGGAAAGGGCAAAGCUUCAAUGGAGGAAGUCAAUGUAAAAACAGACAUUUAUGAAGAAAUUUCCACCAGCCCCCCAUCAUUCCCUCCAGAACUUAACGUCAUUAACAUGCCAGGUUUGUCAAUUAAUCCAACUUACUUGGUCACCAGGACAAGGCAGAUCUUUGAUGUGGAAGGACCUGACCAGGGAUCUUUAUCUCCAAGCAUAAGCCAACAAUUAUUGGCAUGUACAUAUCCUUCAUCCAGCACUAAACAGAUCUCCUAUUUCCAUCAUACCGAGGCCAAAAUAAAAAAGGAAGAAGAUGGGACAUCAUCAAUGAAAGCCACCAUAGACCUUUCUGGUCCAGGAUAUGGGUUGUCACUCCAGAAGUGUAGUAAUCCCGAUCCAGAUAAAUCCUUGGAUUUUAAUAUGUCAGUUUAUGACUCUUAUGGACCAAGUCAUGGCAGAGCAGCUGAUUCCCCCACUCAUCUUCUACCAACCACUUCAGUUGCACCCCAAAAUCUAUACCAGCCAUUGAGUCUAAAUAGUCAUCAACAGCUUCUCUACCAGUCAACCUUGAAAGAUAAUUACCUUCCUCAGAUUCAGCUACCAUAUGUUCAGUAUAUCAGGACUGACAGUGAGCCAGAUCAGAGUUCAUCAUACAGCUAUGAAACAUUACCACAGAAGAAAUGCUUAAUCUGUGGGGAUGAAGCGUCGGGCUGUCACUAUGGGGUACUUACCUGUGGCAGCUGUAAAGUAUUUUUCAAGAGAGCGAUUGAAGGACAGCACAACUACUUAUGUGCAGGAAGAAAUGACUGCAUUAUCGAUAAAAUUCGAAGAAAAAACUGCCCCUCUUGCCGGCUAAGGAAAUGUUGUCAAGCGGGUAUGAUUCUUGGAGGUCGAAAGUUUAAAAAGUUUAGCAGAAUUAAAGCUGAAAGAGAGACUGAUGCUAUUGUGCUCCAGCAACCCAUGGUUAUACCAAUGGAAUAUCAACAAGUCCUGACACGAAGAAUGUCUAAUUCCACUCAAGAAAUACAGUAUGUUCCAGAACUGCUGCAGAUCUUACAGAGCAUCGAGCCUGAAGUUGUUUAUGCGGGUUAUGAUAACACACAGCCUGAAACGCCAAGUGCAUUGCUGAGUAGUCUCAACCAACUUUGUGAACGGCAACUUAUGUGUGUUGUCAAAUGGUCCAAAUCUCUGCCGGGAUUUAAAAUGUUACACAUCGACGAUCAGAUAACACUUUUACAAUAUUCUUGGAUGAGUCUGAUGGUCUUUGCCAUGGGUUGGAGGUCAUACAAGCACGUCAGUGGUCAGAUGCUUUAUUUUGCACCAGAUUUAAUAUUGAAUGAACAAAGAAUGAAGGAUUCGUCAUUCUAUUCUCUAUGUCUCUCUAUGUGGCAGCUGCCACAGGAGUUUGUUAAGCUACAAGUUACCCAUGAAGAAUUCCUUUGUAUGAAAGCUUUGCUACUCCUAAAUACAAUUCCUUUGGAAGGUCUUAAAAGUCAGAGUCACUUUGAUGAUAUGAGGUCAAAUUACAUAAGGGAACUGGCAAAAGCAAUCAACUUAAGACACAAGGGAGUAGUUGCCAGCUCCCAGCGAUUCUAUAAUCUUACGAAAAUAAUGGACUCUAUGCAUGAUCUAGUGAAACAGCUCCAUCUGUAUUGCCUCAAUACUUUUCUUCAGUCUCGAGCACUUAGUGUCGAAUUUCCAGAGAUGAUGUCAGAAGUCAUAUCUGCACAGUUACCCAAGAUCCUGGCUGGGAUGGUUAAACCGCUUAUCUUUCACAAAAAGUCGGGAGAUUGUCUGUCUGCCGAUAAAGGGUGAUACUAAUUCAGAACGUGAUGGUAUCCCAGCAUCUUCUAGCAAAUCACAUGCAAACCGUGCUUUAAAUCCGUGCCAUGGAAUUUGUUGAAGCAAAAUGAAGAGCCAAUAAAAACUCGUCUUGUUUCCUCUCAUUUGUAUAAGUCUCUUCAUUCUAAUCUGUGUAACAACUUGAAACUUACCUUGAAACCACUAAACGUCAAACCCUGUACUAUCUGUUCUAAUAUGUUCAGUCAAUUCUUUAGGAACCAUGUGGGCUGCCAGGGUUAGCCAGAAUUUCCUAAGGAAACCUAGACAGAUUAUAAUUCUCAAAGUAAUAUAGCUGCAGCGAAUAUGCAUGUAGUUAAAGGGACACUAUAGUCACCAUAACCACUACAACUCAAAGUUCUGGUUGUUCUGGUGUCUAUUGCAUGUCAUUGCAGGAUGAACACGGUAAAUGCUGCCUUUUCAGAAAAAAAGCCAGUGUUUACAUUGCUGCCUAGUAACACCUCUAGUGGCAGUAAAUCAGACGGCCAACGGAGGUGCUUCCUAGUCCAGCACUGGCAGAGUGUGAGACACUGAACGUUCCCCAUAGAGAUGUGGUGGUAAUCCUUUAUAACUGCUAGCAUCCAGUAAACACUUGCAGACAAAAAGCACAGAUUAGUUUCUAAUAUGCAGGCC